AUGAGGGGGAUCAUCCUUGCACUAGUGCUCACCCUUGUAGGUAGUCAGAAGUUUGACAUCGAGCCUGGAUUCAGUAGCAGAAAGAGCUACUUGUACAGUUAUGAAGGCUGGGUGUUGAAUGGGCUUCAAGAAAAGAAUUUAGCCAAGGCUGGCGUGCGCUUGAGCUGCAAACUGGAGAUCAGUGGGCUGUCGGAGAACAACUACCUCCUCAAGAUCCGCUCCCCACAACUCGAGGAAUACAAUGGCAUCUGGCCCAGGGACCCAUUCACUCGAUCUUCCAAAAUCACCCAGAUGGUUUCCUCAUGCCUUACCCAGCCCUUCAAGUUUGAAUACAGCAGUGGACGGGUUGGAAACAUUUAUGGCCCAGAAAACUGCCCUGAUACUUGCAUUAACAUUGUGAGAGGAAUACUGAACAUGAUACAGAUAACCAUUAAGAAGUCACAGAACGUAUACGAAUUGCAAGAGGCUGGGAUUGGAGGUGUUUGCCAUACAAGGUAUGUCAUCCAGGAAGACAAGAAGAACAGCCGAGUCUCUGUGACCAAAACUGUAGACCAAAAUAAUUGCCAGGAAAAAGUGGUGAAGAGUCUUGGAAUGGCUUACAUCUACCCCUGCCCUGUUGACAUGAUGAAAGAAAGGAUCAUCAAGGGGACUGCCGCUUUCUCCUACAAGCUGAAGCAGUCAGACAGUGGUGCCCUGAUCACAGAGGCGGUGUCUCAGCAGGUGUAUCAGAUCUCACCCUUCAGUGAACCCACCGGGGUCGCUGUCACGGAAGCAAAACAACAACUCACCUUGCUGGAGGUGAAGAGUGAAUGGGGGAGCUCCCCAGACAUCUCCAUGCAGAGCUAUGGAAGCCUUCGAUACCAGUUCCCAGCAGUACUGCCACAGAUGUCAGUGCAGCUCAUCAAGACCAAAAACCCUGAGCAACGGAUAAUCGAAACACUGCAACACAUAGUCCUGAAUAACCAGCAAGAUUUCCAUGAUGAUCUCCCAUACCGCUUCCUGGAGCUCUUCCAGCUCUGCAAGCUGACAAGCGCUGACACCCUCGAAUCCAUCUGGAGACAAUGUUCAGACAAACCCCGCUACAGGCGGUGGCUGCUGAGUGCAGUCUCUGCGACGGGCACCCCAGAAGCUCUGAAAUUCAUUAAGAGCAGAAUCCGCAGUGAUGACCUCAGCUACCUUCAGGCUCUUCUGAGUGUUCCCUUUGCUCUCCAUUUCACAAAAGCUGAUGAAUAUACUGUUCCAAUAGCAGCAGAUUUAGUGACAAGUUCUCGAAUCCAGAAAAAUCCCUGGCUUCAACAACUUGCCAGCUUGGGAUACAGUUCUGUGGUGAAUAGAUACUGUUCUCAGACCUCAGCUUGUCCUAAAGAAGCUCUCCAGCCCAUCCAUGACCUGGCAGACGAAGCACUCAGCAGGGGCCGUGAGGACAAAAUGAAAUUGGCUCUGAAGUGCAUUGGCAACAUGGGAGAACCAGCCAGCAUCAAACGCAUCCUCAAGUUCCUCCCCAUCUUUUCAUCCAGUGCUUCUGGUAUCCCCAUCCACAUUCAGAUUGAUGCCAUAAUGGCCUUGAGAAAAAUUGCUUGGAAGGACUGCAAAACAGUGCAGGGAUAUCUCAUCCAGAUCCUCGCUGACGAGUCGCUUUCCCCCGAAGUGCGGAUGAUGGCUUGUGCUGUUAUCUUUGAGACAAGGCCUGCCCUUCCCUUGAUAACAACCAUUGCCAACGUGGCCAUGAAGGAGAGCAAUUUGCAAGUGGCCAGUUUUGUGUAUUCCCACAUGAAGGCUUUGUCCAAGAGCAGGUUGCCAUACACGUACAACAUAUCUUCAGCUUGCAAUAUUGCCCUUAAGCUGCUGGCCCCCAAACUGGACAGGCUGAGCUAUCGCUACAGCAAGGUCAUACGUGUUGGUGGUUACUUUGAUAACUAUAAAGUUGGUGCUGCUGGAGAUGUCCUUGUUAUGAACAGCCCAGGAACAAUGUUCCCAUCAGCAAUCAUUUCCAAGCUGAUGGCAUAUUCUGCAGGGUCAGUGGCUGAUUUGGUGGAGGCUGGUGUCCGUGUGGAAGGCCUCACAGAUGUCAUCGUGAAACGAAAUAUCCCAUUUGCUGAAUAUUCCACAUACAAAAAGAUAAAGGAGAUUGGAAAAGCUCUGCUGGGAUGGAAGGAGCUGCCAACAGAAACUCCCUUGAUAUCAGCCUACUUUAAACUCUUUGGCCAAGAGCUGGCCUACAUCAACAUCAACAAGGAAGUGCUACAGCAGGCUGUGAAGGCAGUGCUGGAGCCUGCAGCCAGGAGCACACUGCUGAGGAGGGCGGCAGCCCAGCUGCGCGCGGGCAUCGCGGCGCAAUGGACGCAGCCGCUGUGGCUGGGAGAGCUGCGCUACAUCGUCCCCACCGCCACUGGGCUGCCCCUGGAGUACAGCUCCUACAGCACGGCCCUGGCCAGGGCUGCUGCCAGCGUUGAUGGGAAGAUAUCUCCCCCUUUAACUGGAGAUUUUAGACCUUCACAGUUGCUCGAAUCCACUGUGCAGAUUCAUUCGGACAUAAACCCCAGCUUAUAUAUACAGAAAUUUGCAACAAUGGGUGUCAACACAGAGUACUUCCAACAAGCUGUGGAAAUUCAAGGCAAGGUCCUGACAAGAGUGCCAAUGAAGUUUGAUGCCAAGAUAGACAUGAAGCUGAAAAAUAUUAAGAUUGAAACAAAUCCAUGUCAUGAGGAAACUGAGCUGGUGGUUGGAAGACAUAAGGCUUUUGCUGUAUCAAGAAAUUUAGGAGAACUAGGUGUUGAAAAGAGAACUGCAAUUCUCCCAGGAGAUGCUUCAUCAAAUAUUGUGGAAGAACCUUUCAAAUCAUCAGAUAGAGCUUCCAGUGAAGAUUUCACAAAGCCGGAAGCUGACAGCGCCUCAAGGAAACGAGCCUAUGGCUCUCAAGAGGAUCUUGGCCCCGUCACGGGAAGGAAAGCUCAUAAACGAGACAUUUGUGUCAAGCUGCAGCACCUUGGCUGUCAGCUCUGCUUUUCCAGAAGGUCACGAGAUGCCAGCUUCCUGAAAAACACCUAUUUGCACAGACUCAUCGGAGAGCACGAAGCUAAAAUAGUCCUGAUCCCAGUUGAAACAGAUGCUGAUAUUGACAAAAUCCAGCUGGAGAUUCAGGCAGGAUCCAGAGCAGCUUCCAAAAUAAUUAAUGAAGUAAACGCGGAGUCGGAGGAAGAGGGUGAAUCAUCUCUGUAUGGGGACAUUCAAGCUAAACUGAAGAAGAUUCUAGGCAUUAACAAUGUGUUCAAGAUUGCAAAUAAAACACGACACCAGAAGAAGCGACCUUCAAAGAAAGAAAACACUGUGCUUACAGAGCUUGGGGCAGACCCUGAUACAAAACAUCCCUCCAGCUCAUCUUCUGCCUCCUCAGUUGCCUCCUCUUCCUCAUCAUCUGCUGUUUCUCCUCGUCGUAAAGAGGCUGGUGAUGAAGAUGAAAAUAAUCAAGAGGAGCAAGCAAGAAACAAAGAUGCAAGCAGCAAGAGCAGCAGCAGCAGUGGCAGAAGCAGCAAGAGUAGCAGCAGCAGUAGCAAGAGCAGCAGCAGCAGCAGCAGUAGCAAAAGCAGCAAGAGUAGCAGCAGCAGCAGUAGCAGCAGAAGUAGCAAGAGCAGCAGCAGCAGUGACAGAAGUAGCAAGAGCAGUAGCAAGAGCAGCGGUAGUAGUAGCAGCAGCAGCAGCAAGAGUAGUAGCAGCAGCAGUGACAGAAGUAGCAAGAGCAGCAGCAAAAGCAGCAGCAGCAAAAGCAGCAGUAGCAGCAGUAGCAGCAGCAAAAGCAGCAGUAGCAGCAGCAGUAGUAGUAGCAGUAGCAGCAGCAGCAGGAAGUCAUCAAGUCAUCACAGCCAUGGGCAUCAUUCAGGACAUCUGGAAGGUGGCAGCAGCAGCAGCAGUGCAUAUUCCAAAAUAUGGGAAGCUCAUGAGAUUUAUCAGUACCGCUUUAAAUCAGCACACAGACAAGAAAAGGUCCCAAAAAGUAAACUCCCAGAUGACCAAACUGACAGCUCACAUUCCUCUGCCAGAUCCAGUCACGCCACAUCUCGAGCUUCAUGGCCCAAGUUUUUGGGAGAUGUUCAAACCCCAGUGUUAGCAGUUUUGCUGCAUAGCAUCCGUGAUGAUAAGAAGAUAGGAGGCCUCCAGCUGGUGGUGUAUGCCGAUGUUGACUCCAUCAGGCCCCGGAUGCAGGUAUUUGUGUCCAACCUCACAGAUUCAAGCAAGUGGAAGCUCUGUGCUGAUGCUUCAGUCCACAAUGCUCACAAGGCAAAGGCCUACCUGAAAUGGGGACGGAAUUGCCAGGACUACAAGGUUUCAUCUGAGCUGGUAACUGGGCAGUUUGCUGCCCACCCUGCUGUACAAGUGAAACUGGAGUGGCCUAAAGUUCCUUCCAGUGUCAGAUCCAUAGCAGAAUGGUUUUACAAGUUUGUCCCUGGGGCUGCAUUUAUGCUGGGGUUCUCUGAAAAAGCAGACAAGAAUCCUUCUCGACAAGCCAGGUUGAUCGUGGCUCUAACUUCUCCAAGGACAUGUGAUGUUGUUAUCAAGCUUCCUGAUAUUACCCUCUAUGAAAAAGCCAUGAGGCUUCCCCUAUCACUUCCCGUAGGGCCAAGGACAUCAACGUCAGAGCUGCAGCCUCCCAGCUGGAAUGUCUUUGCUAAAGCCCCUUCUGCAGUGCUCGAGAAUUUGAAAGCUCAAUGCUCAGUUUCCUACAACAAGGUCUCAACUUUUAAUGAAGUCCGAUUUAACUACACAAUGCCAGCUGACUGCUACCACAUCUUGGCUCAGGAUUGCAGCUCUGACCUGAAGUUCCUGGUGAUGAUGAAGAACGCAGAAGAAGCUGGGAAUGUGAAAGUAAUCAGCAUCAAGAUUGGCAAUCAUGAGGUCGAUAUGCACUCUGCCGACGGACAGGUGAAGCUGCUGGUGGAUGGGGCUGAGAGCCCAGCAAACGUGUCAUUGACAUCUGCUGGUGCUUCUCUGUGGAUCCACAGUGAAAAUCAAGGGCUUGCACUUCUCGCCCCAGCCUAUGGCAUUGACAAACUGUACUUUGAUGGAUACACAUUCAGGAUCCAAGUUGCUUUAUGGAUGGCAGGGAAAAUGUGUGGACUGUGUGGAAAAUAUGAUGCAGAAUGUGAACAGGAAUAUCGGAUGCCCAAUGGAUAUAUAGCGAAAGAUGCAGUGAGCUUUGGGCAUUCUUGGAUUUUGGAAGAAAGGCCUUGUAGAGGAGCCUGCAAGCUGCGGCACGCCUUUGUGAAGCUGGAGAGGGCGGUGCAGCUGGCCGGGGUCGAGUCCCGCUGCCUCUCCACGGAGCCCGUGCUGCGCUGCAACAAGGGCUGCUCGCCCACCAGGACUGCCCCGGUCACCGUGGGCUUCCACUGCGUCCCUGCAGAUUCAGCCACCAUCCUGACAGACAAGCAGACGAAGUUUGACCAGAAGUCAGAGGAUAUGAAGGACACUGUUGAUGCACACAUAGCAUGUACUUGUGAGGAUGAAAACUGCACAUGA